AUGUUCCCGAAGCCGUUGCGAUUGGAUAUCAAGAGGAAGUUGACGGCCAGGUCGGAUCGCGUCAAAUGCGUGGAUCAGCAUCCUACAGAACCCUGGGUGCUUUGCUCACUAUACAACGGCGACGUCAAUAUAUGGAAUUAUGAAACUCAUACACAGAUUAAAAGAUUUGAGGUAUGUGACCUGCCUGUGCGUGCAGCAAAAUUUGUGCCGAGGAAGAAUUGGGUGGUCACUGGUUCAGAUGAUAUGCAAAUAAGAAUAUUUAACUACAACACAUUAGAAAGAAUUCACAAUUUCGAGGCCCACUCAGACUAUGUCAGGUGUAUUGUCAUACAUCCCACACAACCUUAUAUAUUGACCAGUAGUGAUGAUCUCCUUAUUAAGCUUUGGAAUUGGGAUCGCAACUGGGCCUGUCAGCAAGUGUUUGAAGGACACACCCAUUAUGUAAUGCAAAUCGCUAUCAACCCCAAGGACAACAACACAUUUGCUAGUGCUAGUCUUGACACAACUGUUAAGGUGUGGCAGCUUGGUUCCUCUAUCUCAAAUUUCACAUUAGAAGGACAUGACAAAGGAGUGAACUGUGUUGAUUAUUACCAUGGUGGUGACAAACCUUACCUCAUUAGUGGUGCUGAUGACCGGCUCGUUAAAAUCUGGGACUAUCAGAACAAGACCUGUGUACAGACACUUGAAAGCCACAUACAGAAUGUCUCAGCCGUUUCAUUCCAUCCCGAGCUACCAAUACUUCUAACAGGUUCCGAAGAUGGGACAGUCAGGCUUUGGCAUGCGGGUACUUACAGGCUGGAGUCAUCUCUUAACUAUGGCUUUGAACGUGUAUGGACUAUAUCAGCAUUGCAUGGUUCAAACAAUGUUGCUAUUGGGUAUGAUGAAGGCACUAUUAUGAUAAAGGUAGGCAGAGAAGAACCAGCUAUUUCUAUGGAUGUGAACGGAGGCAAAAUCAUAUGGGCUAAGCACUCUGAAAUGCAGCAGGUUAAUUUAAAGGCAUUACCCGAAGGCACAGAGAUCAAGGAUGGUGAGCGUGUACCAGUGGUUGCAAAGGACAUGGGAUCCUGUGAGAUAUACCCUCAGACCAUUGCACACAACCCCAAUGGCCGCUUUGUUGUUGUAUGUGGUGACGGGGAGUACAUCAUAUACACCGCCAUGGCACUUAGAAAUAAGGCAUUUGGAACUGCCCAGGAAUUUGUAUGGGCUUUGGAUAGCUCUGAAUAUGCUACACUUGAGAAUUCAAGUACUGUGAAAGUAUUUAAGAACUUCAAGGAGAGGAAGAGUUUUAAGCCCGAAUAUGGUGCCGAGGGUAUCUUCGGUGGGUUCAUGUUGGGUGUGAAGUCAAUAAGUGGCAUGGCGUUCUCGUUCUAUGACUGGGAACAAUUGGAACUUAUCAGAAGGAUCGAGAUCCAACCACGCCAUGUGUUCUGGUCGGAGAGUGGAAACCUGGUCUGUCUUGCGAGUGACGAAUCGUACUUCGUGCUCAAGUACAACCCUACUGUGGUUACCAGAGCGAGAGAGACGAACACAAACAUCACCGAGGACGGUAUCGAGAACGCUUUCGAGGUUGUUGGCGAGGUCAACGAGACCGUGAAGACUGGUCUCUGGGUCGGCGACUGCUUCAUCUACACGAAUUCGUUGAACAGGAUAAAUUACUACGUCGGAGGAGAAAUCGUGACCGUGUCCCAUCUCGACCGCACCAUGUACAUCCUGGGCUAUGUUCCUAAAGAAAACAGAUUAUACCUGAACGAUAAAGAGUUGAACAUAGUUUCGUACUCGCUGCUGCUCCCCGUGCUGGAGUACCAGACGGCGGUGAUGCGAGGUGACUUCGAGACGGCGGACCGAGUGCUGCCCACUGUGCCGCACGAGCAUCGCACAAGGGUCGCGCAUUUCCUUGAAAAACAGGGUUUCAAGCAACAAGCUCUUGCAGUAUCUACAGAACCGGAACACCAGUUCGAACUAGCCUUGGCUCUUGGAGAGUUGAAGCAGUGCAAGCAGUUGGCUGAGGAGGCAGCACGCAUAGAGGGAGGGGAAGGAGACGGCCCGUCUCGGUCCUCAGCGGCGAGAUGGUCGAGACUCGGAGCAGCAGCGGCCUCUGCGGCGGACACGGAUCUCACGAAGAUAUGCUAUCAGAACGCACACGAUUACAGUGCUCUGUUGUUAUUCGCGGUCAGCACCGGCGACAAAGCGUUGUUGGAAGACGUAGCGCGAAUGUCCGCGGCGGAAGGAGACGACAACAUCGCCUUCGCGUCGUACUUCACGCUGAACGACCUGGAUUCCUGCCUGCAGCUGCUCAUCAAGAGGAACAAGUUGCCAGAAGCCGCAUUCUUUGCCAGAUCAUACAUUCCAUCGAAGAUGAGCGAGGUGGUGAAGAUGUGGCGGGAGGCUGUGGGCGCUACUAAUAAGAAGUCUGGUCAGUCCCUCGCCGACCCCGAGCAAUAUGACAACCUAUUCCCAGAGUUUGAAGAAACAUUAGUGUUAGAAAAAUUCCAGCGUGAGUUCGCCUUCGAUUAUCACACGCAGAUGUCGAACCUGCCCGCCAACUCCAAGAUAUGCAACAUAGAAAGAGACCUGGUGCAGGAGAAGGCGGAAAUGGAGAGCCGAGGGCUCUGGAAACCAGGCCCGUCUGAUGAAAGCAGUACUGCGAAUAGAUUAUCGGAUAGUUUGGAAGAGAGCGCCGCUGAGAGGAAGCGUAAAGACUCACUGGACAUGGAGGAGAUAGAACGAGAGAUUAAUGACAUCGUGCUGGAGGACAGCGUUAACGACCUGGAUUUGUCGGACGACGCUGAUUUAAUUGAUUAAUGAAUAUCUAGAUUUUUUAUUUUAUAUUAAUAUUACGAUCAUAAAGUGUGUAUUUCCUAAAGUGCUAAUACGAUUAAGAAUAUUCUAGUAUUAUACACAUUUCUGUUAAAAAACGUUUUUGUUUCGUUCGCCGUUCUCAUCUUCGUCUUAAUUGUCAUUUAUUUGCGUUAAUAUACAAUACAUUAGUAAUGCGUAGUUAACUGAUGAUAUUAGUCAAUUAG